UUCAAAAUGGCAUUCAGAAAUGGAUAAAAAGUAACACUUUCAUUGAAUUCGUUCGCUAGUAUUUUCUAGUUUAUGGAAUUUGUAUGUUGGUAGACCUUUUACGUGUUGACGCCCAAACCUUGAAUCUUGAAUACACUAACAAAAUCAUGACCAUAUUGGAAUCUUGCUGGUCACCAUUUAUUUGGACCAAUAAUAUCAAGACAGGAUGCAAAGCUAUUGCUUUUUAUACAAUUGCAAUUAGUAUAAUAUGCAUUACAUUGAUAUGUUAUCAAUUAAAUGGAGGCGAUUCAUCUCAAUUGUAUAAUCCUCUGUUUGAGGCUGAUAUUAGAGGAUCAAUGCAAAUUGGUGGAGGAUUUAUGAUCUUUUAUUUUGUUCUCUUGAUAAUAUCAAGCGGUUUGAUGAUGCAUGGAUUAAAAGAAGGAAUAAGAGGAUGGUUACUUCCCUGGCUUAUAUUAUGGUUCAUUGUAUGUUUAUUCCAAUUAGUUUUUGGGCUUUGGCUUGUAGGAGGUUAUUACAUCUAUCUUGAUGCAACAUUUGCAGCGAUGUGUAUUUGGUUCUGGAUGUCCUAUAAUAUUCCAUUAGUUUCAAGCAUCGAAUGAUUAACAGAUCAUAAAUAUCUCCAUUUGGCACCACGGAAUGGCGAACUCCAGCAAAGUAUCGGACGAUCGAAAUUUACAGCAAUGGAUAUUUUUUUUCGGUGGGACUUUCGACUGUCGACAAUGGUUUCACGAAAGAUGGUAGGCAUAAUAAUGUAGAAUCUUUAUUGUCACGACGGUACUUUCACUUCUGGACCGACCACACCCGAGGUAAUCGAUCGCGAUGAUCAUAAGCACCUAUAAGCAUUCGAAUAAAUUUUGUAGGGAUACAGGUCUGUAUGAGUAACGAAAUUAAAUGCGAGGUAGAACUGAUUCUUGCGCAAUACCUUAACUUUAUUGAUUAUUGGAAAGGAAAGUAUUCUGCACUAACAUGCAAAUAUACAAGUACAUGU